AUAAGCAAGGAUCCCACAUCUAGAUUACAAAGGAUUAAUAAUGAAUUAGUUGAAAAAUUAUACGCCGAAAAUAUUAUCAAUGAUUUUGAGAAGUAAAGAAUGAAAACGGAAGUAUCAACGGCGCCUAGAAUUUACGGGCUGCCAAAAAUACAUAAAGAAAAUUACCCCCUUAGACCAAUUUGUUCCUCAGUUAAUGCUCCAUCUUCGAAACUUUGCAAAUAUAUCUCCAAUAUCUUAACGAGACUGACCGAAAAUUCGAUAUAUAACGUGAAAAAUGCCAGGGAAUUUAAGGAUAGAAUUACUAAUACUACAAUAGAAUCGGAUGAGAUAAUGGUUUCUUUUGAUGUGGUAUCACUAUUUCCAAGUGUACCAGUGGACCUCGCUGUGAACAUAAUUCAGGAAAAAUGGGACGAGAUACAAGAGUUCACCAAAAUCAAAAAGGAGUUAUUUAUUAAAAUCUUACGUUUUUGUAUACAAGAUAGUAGAUAUUUUCAAUACAAGGACAAAACCUAUCAACAGAAAAAGGGUUUGCCUAUGGGUUCUCCGGCAUCACCGAUUGUGGCAGAUAUUGUAAUGGAAGAAUUGUUAAAAAAAUGUGUACAAAACAGUGAUAUUAGGAUCAAGAUAUUGACAAAGUAUGUGGACGACCUCUUUGGGAUUUGUAAGAUAAGUCAUGUGGAAAAUAUAUUGACAGCGCUGAACAGCUUCCAUCCUAGCAUUAAAUUUACGAUGGAAAAAGAGAACAAUGGCAGACUCCCAUACCUUGACACCCUUAUUAUUAGGAAGGCUAAUAAAAUAAUUCUGGAUUGGUAUCAAAAACCGACAUCGUCAGGACGGCUAGUAAAUUUCUACUCACAACAUCCCAAAAGAGUCAAAAUAAAUACAGCACAAAAUUUCAUCGAUAGAGUUAUAAACAUCAGCCACCACAGCUUCCACGAAAAAAACUACAACAAAAUUAGACACAUUUUAUAUCAAAAUAGCUUCCCAAGAAAGACUAUAAAAAAAUUAAUGGAUAAAAACAAACAAAAUCCGCAAUUUGAGAAAACUCAAUCUGCAAUAUUUAAGUCCUUGAUAUACGUUCCAGGUCUGUCUGAAAGAUUAGAAAAAGCAAAUUGUAUUGAUAACAUUAACCACAAAAUAGCUCACAAACCAAAUAACGCAUUACAAUCACUAUUUACCAAACUAAAGUCUAAAACAGACAAAAUGGAGAAAUCAAAUCUAAUUUAUCAAAUAGAAUGUAAAGGAAAUCAGACCAACCCCUGUGGAAUGUAUUAUAUUGGGACCACAAAAAGAAAAUUAAAAACUAGAAUCGCCGGCCAUAAAUCAGAUUUAAAAAAACAGAUGCAACAAUUCGCAAAAAACUGCACUAACCUCCCACUGUGCGAGAGAACAACACCAAGCUGAUCUUGAUAAUGUGCGUGUGUUACAGAGAGAGGACAAUUAUCACAAGCGAAUGACUCUCGAGAUGCUCCAUAUUAUGAAAACAACAUCAGAAAAAAGAAUAAACCACAAAACAGACACCGAUGGACUCGCUCAAAGCUAUCGACUUCUAAUGGGAAAAAAACGUAUGAAGAAGUAAUGCAGAAAUCAGUGCAGCUUGUGAAGACGAAGAAGACGGUCGCGGCAGUAUUUAGUAAUAAGAUUACAUGUUUUUUGUUAUUUGACAAAUUAUACGUAUUCCUGAGGAUGCUUUUCGAUGAAAGGCGAAAUAUCGAAUAAAAUAAUUUAAUAAAAUAACUUAAAAACUGGAAAAUCCUUGGCCUUGAGCUUGAUUUUAAAAAGUGGAAGAAUAUUGAAACAGAGGCCGAAGUAAGUUAAUAUACAUAUACAGAUAAAUAAAAAAUAAAUAUUAAUAAAUUUUGUCGUUGACGAAGUUCUAGAAGAAUUUU